AUGUGGUUUGUGGACUGGCGGGCAGUGUUGAGGCAGCGCAGCGUAUCGACCGUGAAUCACCCCCCUCAUCUCUUGCACUUCUCAACUUCCCCGACCAAGACCGGCACAAUUCUUUCUUCUCUACUGCUGCUUCAAGAUCGAUUGUUGGUACCCACCAAGGAUGUGGAUACCAAAUACAAUUCCCCUGGAGGAUUGGCCUCCGCGUCAUGGGUGCCGCUACCCGAUCCCCGACGUCCCGAUUUCCCGUACUACAGCGGUCUUACCCUCACUAUCCGACCUCACACACCUCCCGCUCCCUUUGGACUGACUGGAUAUACCAAAGGAUCAGAACGCCAGCAGGCCCGCCGAGAGGAGAUUGCCAAGGUCUCGCAGAGUGAAUGGUGUCUUCGCAAUCCUCUCGCCGAAACCCCUCCGCACUCAGGCGAUGCAGAGACGCAAACGCUCGAGAUUGUUCAUGGCAUCGCCUGCAAGGAUGGACGAGGUGCCCAAGUUGUGCGCUGCCACCUCGGCGACGACAAGGACCGCAGCUACGUGGCCAAGAUCUACGAUCCCUUCUACUACUCCUACGCUGACCCUGAGUUUGGCUCCCCCGUCGACGUCACCUACAUGGCAGACGAGCACUACAGUCGUGAAGCGGCAGCUUUUGAGGACAUCAAGGCUGCAGGCGUCGAUGGCCAGUUCACUCCCAAGUACUAUGGUUCCUGGACGUUUGACAUGCUUUUGCUCGGUACUUCCGAGGUGCGUCCAGUGCGGUUGGUGCUCCUGGAGUGGGUAGAUGGAGUCGACCUCUGGAGUAUCAUGGAAAGGGACGGCGCGAACAAUGGCUUCCAUACUAUACCACCUGAGGAGCGACUCGAGAUCUUUGCAAAGGCUGCAGAGGCAGAAACAAAACUCGACUACUACGGCGUCAUUCACCGCGACUUCUCGCCCAGGAACGUCAUGAUUGUUGAUCAAGCCACAGACGUGGGAUCUCGCAAACGAGUACUCUUGAUCGACCUGAACAAUUCCACCUGCAUCAACCGCCCCAACUUUCGAGACAGACAAUUCCGCAGGACAGAUCCCCUUCCCACCAACUCGCGCUAUCUUUGGUGA